AUGUCUUCUUACUCGAUCGAGCGCAAUGAUCUAUACUUUCGUAAUGGGAAAGUACAAUCCAGAGUAAUUCAGAGCCCGUGGAUGAUUGGUGAGGAGCUCUACCCUGGUGUUGAGAAACACCCAAAGUCGAAAGAGAGGGGCGGUUUCUUAGCAGACUCGAUGGAUCCAACAGAAGAAAAAGUUCGACAAGCAGGUGGUUUUCGAACUCCAAGCUUGACUUCAGCGACUGAAAAGGCUGUGGAAAGUAACGGUGGUUUCAUGGGCAGCUCUAUUCCCUCACAUGACGCAAAUGACCUUGUGAAACUUGCACAAUCGAAACUGGUGUCAGCUUCGUCACCAAAGCGCUCGCGCAUGUUGCAUCUUUCCAAUGACCAUCCCAACAGCACUCAGCUUCAAGAUCGAUCAGGUAGCUUCGCGAGUGAACAAUGUCCAGCUUUGGAGGAUAAUGAAGAACGAUCGAAUGAAAUGAGCAGGGAUAUACUCUGGUACGAGGGCGAUUGGAUAACAGAGCUUUCAUUGACCGAGGAAGAGACGCUUCAAGCGGCGGAGUCAGAGCGACAGGCGAAUGAAGUUGCUCUGACUCAAAUGGCAGCACUUCGAACGUAUGAUUGGGUGGGUAAUACUUUCGAGCGCGGAUCUUCCAUCACUCCCCCCUUACAGAUUCAGUCGUCUAUUCAUGACGAUGACGAAUACAAAAGCGCGUUCAGGGUCUUCACUUCGUCUGAGAGUGCUUGGUCCGACGAGGGAAUGCAGAAUGAUGGAAGUCGAGAAGAUCCUUUCCAGACACCACCAAAUAAACGCUCUUCGCCUCGAACGACAUUCGAUCCACUACUCGAUCGUUCUUUUGCUACAGAAUCUUCCGUUGCGGAAAUAGCAACACCUCGAGACAGACAAUCAUCGCCAUGUGCGUACCGCGGCAGAAUUGAGGCAAACCUUCUAUUCAACUCGCUUCAACAUGAAGUCAGCACGAAUCAAGAACCUCUCAGGCGCAGUAAUGAGCCAGAGACAGAAUGCGAGUAUUUUAGUCGGCUCUAUGAAACUCCACAGGGCGAACAGGACGACGACACUCCAUGGGGAACGCCAAAGAUGCUGGGGUUUGAUGCGCUGAUGGCUUGUUUUGAUGCCACAACAGACGACAUCAUCCAGAAUGUCAAAAUUGCGGUCGGAUCGUUCAUCAACUAUACAGAAGUCAUGUUUGGAGGGAAGAGUAUCUGUCAGAUGUCGGAACAUCAAUGA